AUGGCGAUAUGGGAUUGCUUAGGACUGCUGGGCCUUCUUCUGCUACAUAUUGCAGUGCUCAUAUGCCAAGGCCAAAGCUGUCCAGAAUUCUGUGACUGUGUACCACAGAAGAAGUCUGUGAUGUGCCAGAACAAGCUCCUAAGUUCUGUUCCAAAUGAAAUUCCAACUGACACUGAACUGCUAAACCUUAGAGGCAAUAGUUUGCGCUGGGUGGAGCACAGGGAUUUGGCAGCCUAUGUAUUUCUGGAAGAGUUAGAUCUAAGUGAGAAUCUUAUCAGUGUGCUGGAGCCCAGUGCUUUUUCCAGCCUAAAGAAUCUACGUGUAUUAUGCUUACGAACUAACCAGUUAAAACUAGUGCCAAUGGGUGCCUUUUCAAAUCUUGCCAAUCUAACCAUUUUGGACCUUAGUGAAAAUAAAUUGGUCAUCUUGCUAGACUUCACUUUUCAGGAUCUGCAUAGCCUCCAAAAAUUAGAGGUGGGUGACAAUGACUUGGUGUAUAUUUCAAAUAAGGCAUUCCUGGGCUUAAUUAGUCUUAGGGAGCUUACUAUUGAGAGGUGCAACCUGACCUCAGUCUCAGCCCAGUCACUUUUUUACCUUCGUGGCUUGGUUAUUCUGCGACUACGCUACCUUAACAUUGCCUUGUUAGAGGAACAUUCCUUUCGGAAACUAGGUGGACUGCGGGGCCUAGAGAUAGACCACUGGCCAUAUCUAGCGUACAUCUCCCCAUAUAGUUUUCAGGGUCUUAAUUUGUCCUGGCUGUCCAUUACCAAUAGCAACAUAACCACAAUCCCCACUAGUGCCCUUCGUACUCUCAUUCAUUUAACCAGUCUAAACCUCUCAUACAAUUCUAUCUCUGUGAUUGAAUCUUGGGCCUUGCGUGACUUGGUUCGUUUGAAGGAACUUCACCUUGUUGGCACCAACUUGGUUUCUGUGCAGCCUUAUGGCCUUGGAGGUUUGCAACAGAUACGUCUGCUCAACCUGUCUAACAAUAGAUUGGUAACACUAGAGGAGGCCUCGUUCCACUCUGUCAACAACCUGGAAACUCUUAGAAUUGAUGGUAACCCUCUUUCCUGUGACUGCCGUCUUAUUUGGAUGUUGCAGCACCACAAGACCACACUUAAUUUUGAUGGUAAGUCACCAGUUUGUGCAGCACCAGUUGAGGUGCAGGGUAAAGCAUUCAGUUCCUUCUCUGACUCGACCCUCUUUGAACAUUUCACCUGCCAACGACCAAAGAUCCGCAACCGAAAACUGCAACAAGUAUCUGCACGUGAGGGUCAGGUUAUAUCAUUUUUCUGUCAAGCAGAAGGAGAACCAACCCCAGUAAUCUUCUGGAUUUCACCUCAGCGACGCCGCAUUACCACUAAAAGCACUGGUCGCAUCAUUGUGCACCCGGAAGGCACAUUAGAAAUUCGCUAUGCCCAAGUAACAGACAGUGGAACCUACAUCUGUAUUGCCAGCAAUGCAGGGGGUAAUGACACAUAUUUUGCCACUUUAACAGUUAGUGGACUGCCCCUAGAUGCAGCUCCUAGAGCAAAUCGCACCUACUAUGUUGAUGACCUUAAUGACACAAACCUAAAUGACACACGUGUCUUCCUAAAGUUUACGUUAGACCUUAAGACCAUUAUGGUCUCUACAGCCAUGGGCUGCAUAAUGUUUUUGGGUGUAGUCCUUUUUUGCUUCAUACUACUGUUUGUAUGGAGUCGUGGACGUGGUCAGCACAAGAACAACCUCUCAGUAGAAUACUCCUUCAGAAAAAUGGAUGGCCCCACAAUGAGUGGAGGUCAAGGAGGUGCUAGAAAGUUUAACAUGAAGAUGAUAUAAGGACAGUGGAUUUAGACCCCUCUGACUUUUUGCUUCCUAUGUGAUGUGGAUC